ACGGCGUGCGGGCGGGCGGGCGGUGCUGCCCGUGGCCGAGGGCGGCGGGUCAUGGCCUCGUCUGUGGUGCGAGCCACGGUGCGCGCCGUCAGCAAGCGCAGGAUCCAGGCGACCCGCGCCGCCCUCACUCUGACCCCUUCUGCUGUCCAGAAGAUAAAAGAGCUCCUGAAAGAUAAACCUGACCAUGUAGGUGUGAAAGUAGGUGUUCGUACAAGGGGAUGCAAUGGACUUUCUUACACGUUAGAAUAUACAAAAUCUAAAGGAGACUCUGAUGAAGAGGUAGUUCAAGAUGGGGUUAGAGUGUUUAUUGAAAAGAAGGCACAGCUGACACUUCUAGGAACUGAAAUGGACUAUAUAGAAGACAAACUGUCCAGUGAAUUUGUCUUCAAUAAUCCAAACAUCAAAGGAACAUGUGGCUGUGGAGAAAGCUUUAACAUCUGAAAUCUCAGGACUACUUCUUUGAGCAGCCCAAAAUACUUAUUAUUAGACUUUCAGAAGCAAAUGCAUUUUCUUCAGGUUUGUAGGCUGCAUAAAGUGGGGAUACUAUUAAGAAAAAUAAACUUAAAUAUUUGAAAAUAUAAGCUGUUUGUUAAAUUCUGCCACUGAUGUAGUUACGCUGUUGUUUAUGAUGAGUUGGGAUCUAAAAGGUAAGAACAGUAAGUGCUGCAGUAACAUCUCUGUACUUCCACUUGCCAAGGAAAUAAAAUUUCACUAUUCUUUU